CCAAAUAAACAGCCAUUGUGUCUUAUAGGUAUGGAUAUCAUGCCAAGUAUUAGAGUCGAGGCUCUAUUAAGGGAUAAGUAUAUCAUGCCCAGUAUGAUAGUUAAGACUAUCAAGUGCUGAGUAUAUUUUGUCCAAAAGGAUAAUCAUGACGCUAGCAUAUUUUUCUGUUAUAUUCACCAAUUAUCAGAGCUGAAAUAUUAACAAUUUCCCAGCACGUAAGUAUUUACAGUAAGUUUUAACAGUGAAGCAAUAACAAUGAACUUACUUAAUUUAAGCAAGUAAGUUAUUAAUAGUUACAAAUAUGCGAAGAACAUGAUUAACAUUUAUGUCUUGACAAAAAUAGUUGUCCAAGCUGUGGCUGGCCCCAACCUAUCCUCAGAUCCACAACACUUCCCUAUAUUUACUACAUUUAUAAUCCUAUUUCGUCCUGAAUCAAUGGGGUACAAUCAUGGAUGAACUUUAUUUUUGACAUGACCUCACCCAAGAUGACCAACCUGUAUACAAGUUUAUUUUCGUCUCCACAGAUGGCGUUGUUGCUGGCAGCCAUGUUUGUUAUUGCGGCCAUCUCCUGGGCGCUCGAUCCUGACCUGAUCCGCCAGAUUGAGAGCAGGACGGAGGCGGAAUGGCAGACCUUGUGGAGCAAGGAGAGACUAGCGCUGUGUCGGGCUCGGUUACGGUACAACUUGGACUCCAUCUGCGGCAAAGACGUCUACCGCAGGUCGCUCAAGACGCCGCCGCCAUCACACCAUCAGCACCAGAAACAACACCACCUCGUUAAGCGCACCACUGAUAUAUGUGUCCAUGUUCACGAAGCGGGUGGAGAGAGUGCCGAGGAUAACACUGAGAAGAGAGAAAAGAGUCUGGAUGGGGCAGAGAGCAUCCUUCCAUCCACUACAAUUGAGAUCAAUCCAUCCACUCCGGAUACCGGACAGGAGAGCGUCCAGGCCAGGUCUCCAUUUUUAAGCGUCCAUCAAGCAAAUUUGUUUGUGACGACGUGGGUCGGUGGGAGAGGCCGUCGAGGCCCCCAGCACCGCCUGCGUCGACAGUCCCCCUCCAUCACAGCUGAGUGCUGCACGGCCGUCGGCUGCACCUGGGAGGAGUAUGCUGAGUACUGCCCAACCUCCAGCAGGCUGCGGGCUGGAGUAACACUCAUCUGAGGGUGACAUCUUGACUCGACGAAGAACGACACGUGAUACAGGCUCUACAGGAGCUGGACCUACAAGUUACAGCAUUGAUGAGCAAGUUACAGCAUUGAUAAGCUUGUUACAGAGUUUGCAAAUGAGUAAAUGCAUUAACAGUUUGUUUAUACUGCCAAUUUUGGUCUAAUUUAUAAUUUAUUGUGUCGGGGGACAGGAAGCCAGUGUGUAUUCAUACACAAUUAACUUUUAUCGAGGACCUUCCCCUCCCCCCCCCCAAGGCCGAAUUACUGACUCCGCCCAGGAUGCAACCCCCACAUAAAGUUGACUAAUUCCUGAAUACCUACUCAUUGCUAGGUGAACAGAGGCAUUAGGUGAAAGGAAAUGUGCCCAAUCAUUCCCGUCCCGCCCGGGAUUCGAACCCAGAAUUCUUAAUUGUGCGUCGAGAACGAACCCGACUGUACUACCGGGACCCUUAUAUAUUUUGAUUAUGUUGAUCCCGGACCGCCAGGCCGGUAUACGUGCACAUCACUACCCAUGUAACGCAAAAUUUAAAAUUAUUCUAAAAUUAACUUCGGAUUUUUGAAAAGCAAGAGUUCCCCCUUUAUCAUUUCUUAAUAGUUUUCUCUAACUUUUUAGCGAUUUACACACAACGUAUAACUAAAAAAAGAAAAUAACAUGAAUGUCUUAUUCUCUGGUGAAAAAUUUGUGGUUUAAUGUAGCGACUCUCGAGGUAGUAUCCCAAGCCAGUGUAUAUACACCAAGAAGUGUAUAUCUCGCCAUGGGAGACAUC